CGGGGAGAAUUCAGGAAGGGGCGGGGCGUCCGGGAGUGGGCGGGACUCCGGUUCCAGGCGCUUUGGCCGCUGCGCAGGGAUCCCCGAGGCCGAGGCUGCUCCUGCCUAUAGCCCCCGGAGUCCCUGCCGCGACCGCCAUGGCCCAGCCGCCGCCCGACGUGGAGGGGGACGACUGCCUCCCCGCAUACCGCCACCUCUUCUGCCCGGACUUGCUGCGGGACAAAGUGGCCUUCAUCACAGGUGGCGGCUCUGGGAUCGGGUUCCGGAUUGCUGAGAUUUUCAUGCGGCAUGGCUGCCACACGGUGAUCGCCAGCAGGAGCCUGCCCCGACUGUUGACGGCCGCCAGGAAGCUGGCUGCUGCCACCGGCCGGCGCUGCCUCCCUCUCUCUAUGGACGUCCGAGUACCCCCGGCUGUCAUGGCCGCUGUGGACCAGGCUCUGAAGGAGUUCGGGAAAAUUGACAUUCUCAUUAACUGUGCGGCUGGAAACUUCCUGUGCCCUGCCGGCGCCUUGUCCUUCAACGCCUUCAAGACCGUGUUGGACAUAGACACCGGUGGCACCUUCAACGUGUCUCGCGUACUUUAUGAGAAGUUCCUCCGGGACCACGGAGGGGUGAUUGUGAACAUCACUGCCACCCUGGGACAGCGGGGGCAGGUGCUCCAGGUGCAUGCGGGCUCUGCCAAGGCUGCUGUGGACGCGAUGACACGGCACCUGGCUGUGGAGUGGGGUCCGCAGAAUAUCCGUGUCAACAGCCUCGCCCCCGGCCCCAUCAGUGGCACGGAGGGGCUCCGGCGACUGGGAUUCUUCUGGGCCCUGCUUCCCGCCACCUUGCACAGCCAGAUGGAGAGCGCCAGUCUGAACCAGCAGUGCCCACAGCCCAGCCCCUCCUCUGGACAGCCAGCUGUUUCCACCCUCUCCCUCCCUCCCCAUGGCCCCACCUCCGGGGCAGGAGCAGCUGGAUAGUGGGCCUGGCCUGUGGAGUUGCCAUGCAGGUGGUGAGGAUGCAGACAAGAUGCUGGGACGUCCCCUGCCCUGUGGUCAAGGCUGUCCUGCCUGCCUGGUUUCAGGGCCUGAGGGAGCCACGUGGAUCCUGAAACUUGUGUUCUCGUGACUGAAAACACUGAGGUGCUCCUGUCUGCGUGUGGUCCAACAGCUGGCAUGGCCCUCAGGUUGGCCACAGGGUCCGCCCCUAUGUUUCUGCACUACCUGUUUGCAUAAACACACUUCCCUCCAAUCUUGCCAGAAACUGCAUUUUCUUUUCUUUUUUUUUUUUUCUGAGACAGAGUUUCACUCUUGUUGCCCAGGCUGGAGUGCAAUGGCAAAAUCUCAGCUCACCACAACCUCCGCCUCCCGGGUUCAAGAGAUUCUCCUGUCUCAGCCUCCCCACUGGCUGGGAUUUCAGGCAUGCGCCACCAUGCCCGGCUAAUUUUUGUAUUUUUGGUAGGGACGGGGUUUCUCCGUAUUGGUCAGCUGGUCUCUUAACUCCUGACCUCAGGUGAUCGCCCGUCUCGGCCUCCCAAAGUGCUAGGAUUACAGGUGUGAGCCACCGCGCCCAGCCUUUUUUUUUUUUUGAGACAUAGCGUCACCCAGGCUGGAGUGCAAUGGCUUGAUCUCGGCUCACUCCAACCUCGCCUCUUGGGUUCAAGUGAUUCUCCUUCAGCUUCCCGAGUAGCUGGGAUUACAGGCACACGCCAAGUCUAUUUUCUUAAAAGAUAAUCUCUUUUACUGUAAAAAAAAUUGGAACUUGCAAAAGCUUUUAGAAGGAAAAGAAAGACGAUUAAAAGGAACCGCUGGUGA